UCAAGGGUCCUGACUUUCUGAAAAAUCGCUUGGAAAGGAAAUGGCCUGGCAUGUGGGGAUGGCGGGCAUUGGCUCAUCUAUUGCUGUACUGCCCGAUGCUUUGGGGCCAAGAUGGUGAGGGAGAACCAAAUGGAAGUGGCCUUGAGGGGCUGGGAAAGCAGGGGUAGCUCAAACCUGCCCAUGGUUCCUUCCGGAGUCCCUCAGGGGCCCUAGAGGGUCCCUUGUCCUUGAAGGUGGGCCUGUCCCAUUGGAAGGGUCAGCCCUCUGCUGAUAGGAGCGGCCCUUCUGUUUAAGAGUCCGGGGUUCCACCGCCCCCACAAUUACAAACAUAUUCAAUUAUCUUGUCAAAAUUAAACAAUGUAGAUGUAUUUAGAUUUAUUUUAAAUGUGAAAAUUCUCCUUUAUUCCCCGCCCCCCAUGGCUUUUCUCUUUGCACCAUAAAGAGUUUGAGGGUGGCCUUCCACACAUUUUCCUGUGCAUUUGCACACAGGCAGCUUCUCCCCUUUUUCCGCUUAAUGGAAAUAGGAUCCCAGAUGUGCUUCAUUGUUUCUGCCCUUGAAGUACCCUUGGUCAUGAAAUGUCAACCAGGAGGAAGUCUUUCACUCUGUAGGAGAAAACAGGCCCAGAGUGCAGAUGGCUUUCCCACCCAUAGCCGGUGGCAGAUGUGGAAUUACAAUACUGGAAUUCUUCAAGCCUUGGCUGAGCUUUGGCUAGGUACUCUAGAAAAUACGAUGAAUGAAACGAUUUAAGAAAGUCGAUGGCCUCGUGGUGUCUGGCCUGUGGGUAGGGUUUUAUGCUUUACUUCUGCGGUAGAUGGAACUAAUUAGUGUCCUGCAAAAAUCCAGUUGUUCUGGGGAUUGGUUCCAGAACCCCCAGGGACAACAAAAUCCUCAGAUGUGAAGUCCCUUGUAUAAAAUGGCAUCAUAUUUUACAACCUACACACAUGCCCUAUAUACUUUAAAUCAUUUCUAGAUUACUUACACUCAGUACAAUGUAAAUGCUAUAUAAAUAGUUGCCUGUGCCAGGGAAAAUCAAAUUUUGCUUUUUGGAACUUUCCGGAGUAUUUUUCCCCUGAAUAUUUUAGUCGAAUUCACAGAUGUGGAACCUGUGGAUAAGGAAGGCUGACUGUAACUAGAAAAUCAUUAACUCUUCUACAGACGAAUAAGUCAAAGUCCAGGGACAGAAAGAAUCUUUUGUAUAAACUGUACAUGAAGAUUGCAGCAAAACUGAUAGACUCUUAGUCCCCCUGUUUCUAUUGUGUUAUGAAGCUAAACAGCCCCUGGCAAAUGCUUAGGAAGGUGCUACUGACUGAUGAAUUAGAAUAAGGUCCUUCAGCUUAGCAGUGAGGUUUGUAGGAAGUCUCAGAGCGAGGCCAGCUUCUCUUUGUACCAACCUCAUGUCCCAAAGGCGGUUUCUAAGCAGCAGCAGAGAGAAUCUGCCAGUGGGAGGUGGCCAGCCCCCUCGGAGGCAGCGGCGUGAGGAAUUCUAUCGGCAUAAAGGACCAUUUCCUUCUGAUCAGUGUGGACGGCUGGGCAGGGAGCCGCCGUGCUGAUGCUGAGGGGCCCCGGGCAUGGAGAGUGGCCUGGCUGGCGGCAGCCCAGGGGAUGGGCUGGUGAUGAAGAUCAAGCAAGAGAAGUCCGAGUGGCUCCCGCAGGCGCUAGUGCCACAGGCUGCGCUUUCCCAGAAGGAUAAGGAGAACAUUUUCCAGCAGCAUCGGGGCCUCCCGCCCUGCCAGACCACGGGGAAGCCUCGAGCCCUGGGGGGACAGGAGGAGACUGGGGGUCCAAGGUGGGCCCCUCCCGCGGAGCAGGAUGAGGGCCCCGCAGGUCGGGCUCCUGGGGCGGCCCCCGGCCCCCUGAGCCCCGCCCUUUCUGCCGGCGAGGGUCACUUCGUGUGCCUGGACUGCGGGAAGAGGUUCAGCUGGUGGUCGUCCCUGAAGAUCCACCAGCGCACGCACACAGGCGAGAAGCCAUACCUGUGCGGCAAGUGCGGCAAGAGCUUCAGCCAGAAGCCCAACCUGGCGCGCCACCAGCGGCACCACACAGGCGAGCGGCCCUUCUGCUGCCCCGAGUGCGCCAGACGCUUCAGCCAGAAGCAGCACCUGCUCAAGCACCAGAAGAUCCAUUCUCGGCCCACCGCCCACCCGUGCCCCGAGUGCGAGCGCUGCUUCCGCCACCAGGUGGGCCUCCGCAUCCACCAGCGAGCGCACGCCCGGGACCGCCAGGGCGCCCGCUCCGGGCUGCAGGCGCUGCUCCGGGACGCCGCGUCCCGCCGGGGCUGUCGCCUGCGACCGGGGCCCCAGCGGGGGCGCCCCGAGUGGGCCUGGCUGGGGCUCUGCCAGGGCUGGUGGCGCCAGCCGGGGCCCCGGACCUCCGCCCCCUCGGAGCCGCGCCAGUUCAUCUGCAACGAGUGCGGCAAGAGCUUCACGUGGUGGUCGUCGCUGAACAUCCACCAGCGCAUCCACACGGGCGAGCGGCCCUACCCGUGCCCCGAGUGCGGGCGCCGCUUCAGCCAGAAGCCCAACCUGACGCGCCACCUACGCAACCACACCGGCGAGCGCCCGCACCCCUGCUCGCACUGCGGCCGCAGCUUCCGCCAGAAGCAGCACCUGCUCAAGCACCAGCGCACGCACCUGCCCGGCGCCCCGGCCGCGCGCCGCCCCGGCUGCGCCCAGAGCUGCCCCGGCCGCGCCGCUCUGUGGGCCCACCCGCGCGCGCACCUCGCCCCCGCCGCCCCCGCGCCGCCACCGCCCCCCGCACCUCCCGCCCUGGGCGCCCCCGGCCUGUCGCCGCCGCCACGCGCCCCCGCGCCGGCCGGGGCGCCCGGGGACAUGCUGUGGGGCCGAGCGCGGGCGGGUGGGCCUGGCGAGCCGCGCCAGUUCAUCUGCAACGAGUGCGGCAAGAGCUUCUCGUGGUGGUCGGCGCUCACCAUCCACCAGCGCAUUCACACGGGCGAGCGGCCCUACCCGUGCCCCGAGUGCGGGCGCUGCUUCAGCCAGAAGCCCAACCUGACACGCCAUCGGCGCAACCACACGGGAGAAAGGCCCUACUUGUGCGCCGCCUGCGGUCGCGGCUUCAGCCAGAAGCAACACCUGCUCAAGCACCAGCGCGUUCACCGGGGGUCCCUGGUGCCUACCCCCAGCGCCAAGGGCGAGGCGCUUUAGGGCGCCUGGACCCAAGCCGACCUGUGGGGGGGGGGGCGGGGAAAGGAACGCUUGCCGGGUGCGUGUGGGUAAUGGCCAGGAAGGGUGGCUUUUAGAACCCCAAGGGUGAGGUUUCUUCAAGGCUCUGAGACCUGAGAACAGAAUUCCAGAAGCCUCCCCAAAGAGGGACCAGGCAAAGUCCCAGGAAAGGCAGAGGGAAGAAAUAAGACUGGACAUCUUCACUCUGGAGCCUGGAUGUGUCCGUGAUGGUUGAGGCUCGUCCUUCCUCAGAGGUGGGACCCCAACCCUCAGACACCGAGGGACGGGGCGCCCUGGGAGAGGCUCCCUGAAAUGGCCCUGAUCUGGACUGUGCAGCUGUGGCACCGGCCUGUCGCGCUCAGCUGCGGAAUGGCCCAGGGACUGUCCUGGUGGGGGAGUCUCAACAGCCUGAUGGCAAGAUGGGAACUGGAAGCUGUGGCUAGGAAGGGCAAGCACAUCCCCAGCGCCAAGGCCAGCGUCCAGCACUUGAUGGCCCCUCAAUACAUGUUUUUGGAAGGAGUGAA